AUGAAGGAGUUCAAAGUGCUGGUGGAGGAGGGCACAGCGGCUGCCAGGGCAACCCUGCAGGCAGCCUCAGAUGCAGCGGACACAGCCACGCGGUCCAUGGCCUCCGUGGUGUCCAUGAGAAGGGCGUCAUGGCUCCUGUUCUCUGGGCUGCCCAGCGAGGCGCAGACCUCCCAUUUGAUGGGUAUUCACGAAAUGUAUGUCGGUGGUGGCGGCCUACCUCAGGCGCUGGGGGGGUUGGGAGGGGUCCAGAUCUUCUCCUGUCUGGACGACUGGUUGGUCAACGGCAGCUCCCGGUCGCAGGUGCGGGAUCACGUGGUGCUCCUUCUGUCCACGUGCACCACUUUGGGCCUGUUGGUAAACAACACCAAGUCCACGUUAGUCCCGGUUCAACGCAUAGAGUUUAUCGGGGCGGUCCUAGACGCCUCAUCGGCCAGAGCCUCCCUCCCACCAGACAGGUUUGAGACCCUGAAGAGGUUCAUCAACACGGUCACAAGGUUUCUGGUGACAACAGCCAGAGGGUGCCUUCAGAUCUUGGGUCACAGGGCUUGCACGUACGUGGUCCGUCAUGCCAGACUCAGGAUGAGGCCCUUCCAGCUCUGGUUGGCCUCGGAGUUCUCCCAGGCCAGGGACGGGAUAGACAAAGCCCUCACGGUGCCUGAGCCAGAGAUCACCUCCCUACGGUGGUGGUCCUCCCCGAGAAACAUGCUCCAAGGGGUCCCAUUCAGGGGCAGGGCCUCAUCACUGGAGCUGGUGUCCGACGUGUUGCACCUGCAAUGGGAGGCCCAUGGGGGGAACAUUCAGACCCAAGAUCUGUGGUCGGCUCAGGAUCUGACCCUCCACAUAAAGGUCACGGAGCUCAGGGCGGUACGGCUGGUGUGCAUGGCCUUCUGCUCGCACCUGGAGGGCCGGGUUGUCAGGGUCCUCACGGACAACACGGCCUCGAUGUUCUACUUCAACAGAUGGGCGGAUGAGCGGGGCAUUUCCCCGGUGGCUGCCCCGAUCCAGCUUAUUCUGGACUACCUCCUUCACCUUAGAGCCCAGGGCCUGGCGCCCUCGUCAGUCAGGGUGCACCUGGCGGCCAUAUCGGCCUUCCAUCCGCCGGUCCAGGGCCACACGGUGGCCGAGUCCCCCUCGGUAUGCAAGAGGUUGGUCCUGGCAGAAGUCACCAGAGUCGGGGACCUCCUGGACUGCGACCAAGGAGACUGGGUGGAUCCUUUGACGCUCACUCGGUGCAUGGGGCUCUCCGCCCUUCAUACUCCCCGGUGCGUAUUUCAGGAGGUGAGGGCAGCCUUACUGCCCGCUGCUCGGGUUUACCUCAACCGGGUCCUGCGGGAGGGGCCAGGUCAUGGGGAGGCAGAGACGAGGGAAUGCAUCUACUACAAUGCCAACUGGGAGCUGGAGAAGACCAAUCAGAGUGGCGUGGAACGCUGUGAAGGAGAGAAGGACAAACGGCUCCAUUGCUAUGCUUCUUGGAGAAACAACUCUGGCUCCAUUGAGUUGGUGAAGAAAGGCUGCUGGUUAGAUGACUUCAACUGCUAUGACAGGCAAGAAUGUGUAGCCACAGAAGAGAACCCUCAAGUGUUUUUCUGCUGCUGUGAGGGGAACUAUUGCAAUGAAAAAUUUACGCACUUACCUGAAGUAACUGGUCCAGAAGUAAUAUACGAGCCACCACCACCAACACCCUCACUACUCAACAUUCUGGUUUACUCUCUGCUUCCAAUUGCUGUUCUGUCAAUGGCCAUUCUCUUGGCCUUCUGGAUGUACCGUCACCGAAAGCCCCCCUAUGGGCACGUUGACAUUAAUGAGGAUCCUGGUCCACCACCCCCUUCUCCAUUGGUUGGCCUUAAGCCGUUGCAAUUAUUGGAGAUCAAAGCUAGGGGGCGCUUUGGCUGUGUCUGGAAGGCUCAGCUGAUGAAUGACUAUGUAGCAGUGAAAAUCUUCCCCAUACAGGAUAAACAAUCCUGGCAGAGUGAGAGAGAAAUCUUCAACACCCCUGGCAUGAAGCACGAAAACCUUUUGCAGUUUAUUGCAGCAGAGAAGCGAGGAACAAACCUGGAGAUGGAACUAUGGCUGAUCACAGCUUUCCAUGACAAGGGCUCUCUGACAGAUUACCUGAAGGGGAAUAUUAUCAGCUGGAAUGAACUCUGCCAUAUUGCAGAAACGAUGGCCCAUGGACUGUCCUACCUACAUGAAGAUGUCCCCUGGUGUAAAGGGGAAGGACACAAACCUGCCAUAGCACACAGGGACUUCAAGAGUAAAAAUGUGUUGUUGAAGAAUGACUUGACAGCAGUUCUAGCUGACUUUGGACUGGCUGUACGGUUUGAGCCUGGAAAGCCUCCAGGGGACACCCAUGGACAGGUGGGAACAAGGAGGUACAUGGCUCCUGAGGUGUUAGAGGGGGCAAUCAACUUCCAGCGAGAUGCCUUCCUGAGAAUAGACAUGUAUGCAAUGGGACUAGUAUUGUGGGAGUUAAUCUCCAGGUGCACAGCAGCUGAUGGUCCAGUGGAUGAGUAUAUGCUGCCUUUUGAAGAGGAGAUAGGUCAGCAUCCAUCCCUUGAGGACCUGCAGGAAGUGGUGGUUCACAAAAAGAUGCGGCCUGCUUUCAAGGAUCACUGGCUGAAACACGCUGGUUUGGCACAGCUCUGUGUUACGAUUGAAGAAUGCUGGGACCACGAUGCAGAGGCUCGGCUUUCGGCAGGCUGUGUCGAGGAGCGCAUUUCUCAGAUCCGAAAAUCAGUAAACGGCACUACCUCGGACUGCCUCGUUUCCAUCGUGACGUCUGUCACCAACGUGGACUUGCCACCCAAAGAGUCUAGUAUCUAA